CCUCCGCUCCUCCCUCUCCCCCUCCGCCCCUCCCCUCGGCCGGCCGGCAGCUCAGGUGGGCCACCUGGGAGGUGGGGUGCUGGCCGCCCCUCCCCAGACCUGGCACAGCCUCCAGAAAGUAGCCUGGCCCCACCCUCAGUGGGGGCCACGUGGCCACACAAAUGACUGGCCAGGCUUCCCAGGAGACCGGGCCUCCCGGGACUGGCUUGGGAGCUUCCUGACUGCGAGCAGAUGACUCAUGCCUCAGGGCUCCUGGGGAACCCCCUGGUGUCGGCCACCUGGCUGCAGCCCAGCCCCCCGCCCACGGGCACGGCCGCACCAGCCGGGGCGCAGGAGGACCACAGGGGGAACGGCUCCCGGGGCGCCUCCCAGCUCUUCCUCUGCACCCUGCUGGCCCGCGGCGUCUCGGGCAUCUUCGUGUGGACAGCCCUGGUGCUCACCGGCCACCAGAUCUAUCUGCACCUGCGCUCCUACACGGUCCCCAACGAGCAGCGCUACAUCAUCCGCCUGCUCCUCAUCGUCCCCGUCUACGCCUUCGACUCCUGGCUCAGCCUCCUCCUCCUGGGAGGCCACCAGUACUACGUGUACUUCGACUCCGUGCGGGACUGCUACGAAGCCUUCGUCAUUUACAGCUUCCUGAGCCUCUGCUUCCAGUACCUGGGGGGCGAGAGUGCCAUCAUGGCUGAGAUUCGGGGAAAGCCCAUCCGGCCCAGCUGCGUCUACGGCACCUGCUGCCUGCGGGGCAUGUCCUACUCCAUCGGGUUUCUGCGCUUCUGCAAGCAGGCCACUCUGCAGUUCUGCGUCGUGAAGCCCGUCAUGGCCGCGGCCACCAUCGUCCUGCAGGCCUUCGGCAAAUACCACGAUGGGGACUUCAACAUCCACAGUGGCUACCUCUAUGUCACCCUCAUCUACAACGCCUCCGUCAGCCUGGCCCUCUACGCCUUGUUCCUUUUCUACUUCGCCACCAGGGAGCUCCUGCAGCCCUUUGAGCCCGUCCUCAAGUUCCUCACCGUCAAGGCCAUCAUCUUCCUCUCUUUCUGGCAGGGGCUGCUGCUGGCCAUCCUGGAGAGGUGUGGGGUCAUCCCCGAGGUCCAGGUCAUCGACGGGAGCGAGGUGGGGGCUGGCACGGUGGCCGCCGGCUACCAGAACUUCGUCAUCUCCAUCGAGAUGCUCUUCGCCUCCAUCGCCCUGCGCUGCGCCUUCCCCUGCCAGGUGUACUCGGAGAAGAAAGAGGACUCGCCAGCGCCCACGGCUCCCAUGCAGAGCAUCUCCAGCGGCCUCAAGGAGACCAUGAGCCCGCAGGACAUCGUGCAGGACGCCAUCCACAACUUCUCACCCACCUACCAGCAGUACACGCAGCAGGCCACACACGAGGCCCGUGGGCCCGGCCCGGCCAGGGACCCCUCGUCCAGCACACACGCCGGCGCGGACGGUGGCUCCGGCAGGGGCAGGAAGAGCCGAAAUGUGGAGAAAAGGAUGCUGAUCCCCGCGGAGGAGCUGUAGGGGCCUCGGGGUCCCUGGCCACUUGGCUGGGAACAUGCAGGGCCCCUCGUCCACCAAUGCUCUUGCCAAAGGUCAGGCCCCUACUGGGGGCCUCCUGUCAGGCCACCAGGGUCCCCUUUCCCUUCCUGCCUUGGGCCAGCAGAGUGGGUCGCUUGGUGGCCCUGCAAGGCGCCUGGGGGGCCGCACCGUCGCCUGGAGGGCCCGAGACUCCAGAAGAGGCUCUGCGCCUUUCUGACCAGCCCAGGGACCUGCGGGGCUCCCCGGGCCUUCGGCUCAGGCGGCCCCCUGGACGGACAGACCCCAGGCUGGCAGCUGUGGGGAAGGAUGGUCGGGGGCACCGGCAGCCCUGGCCCCAGAGUCCUGGAGCUGCAGGCCACGCAGGCUGUGGGGGUGCGGGGCGUGGAGGAAGGGCCGAGGCAAGCCCCCCUCAGCUGCUUCCCAUGGGGGGCGCGCCUGCCGUGGGUCUGGGUGGUGCCGGGGCCACGGCGGAGGGUGCGGGCGUCCCAGGCAGCCGCACUUAAUUAGACAUAAACAGCCCGGGUUUUCUAGC